AGUUGUCUACUGAGAUAGAAAAACACCAAAGCGAUAAAAAUCACCUAUAAAGAAACAAGGUUGGUUAAGGAUGGAGAAGAUUAACACAGAUUACGAACGACACACUUGAAAGAUUUAGCGUAAACUUUUAGAGGCUCCUCCUUUACGCUUUAGUGUAGUGUAUGGUGUUUUGAAUCGGCUAUUGUGUAUUGCUACAUGAGAAUAUUACCAACCCUUCAAUCUGGCUCUGCUGUUUGCCAGUCGAGGUUUGUUUCAUUUUGAAUAUAAUACCGUCAGCAUGUUUAAUUAGUUACAAUGUAAACAAUGUUGAAAUUCUCUCGUUUAUGGCUAUCUAGCCCUUCCAGCUACGCGACAUCUGUUUUAAUAAAGUUGCUAACAUUUUACCGCAAUUUGCCAUCUGGCUUGUAAAAGAAAUUGCUCAUAUUUUGAAUCGAAAUGUACAAAUACCCUGUACUUUUACUGUCGAUCUGUGCACAGGGAUCCAAAGCUCCAGCUGUGAGCGAUAUUAUCUUGUCUAUGUCAUCUUGCGCAAUGGUAAAAGUAUAAGACUGUCUGGGAAUAUUUAUGAUCGUGUUUAGGGAUACAAAUACUAAAAAGCACUCCAUAAAAAUACCUUCUGCUACCUCCACAGUACAUUGCUUGUUGUCUGUUCGCUUUUCAGCUUAUUUGAAGCGAUUUUGGUGAGUUAUCGUUCCCUGGGUUAAGAAAUUGUUUCGCUGCAAAGUUGCUUCAAAUCAGCAGAAAAAGCAAACAGACAACGUAACUGUCAAACCGACAACUUAUUAGCAGCCUGAACUCUAACAGAUCUAGAAAUCAACCAAUCACGUCUUCUUAUUACACUACACGACGGUGGUAGCCAUAGAAACACAAUUACAUUUAUAAAUGUGAAGUUUUUGGAAUAACUUCCCUUUAAAGACGACUUACCAAGCAAUGCAUGGCCAUAGGCUUCUAGCGUUUCUCCUUUUUCAAAGAAUGAUAAAUUUUUGUUAUCUCGCGGUCGCAGAAGACCUUACAUGGUCUCGCUCGGCGUAUUUCACGACGCACGAGAAUCAGCGGCUUGAAGGCCACGUCGUUGAGCAGUUUGAGUCACCUAGUUCAAUAUCGUGCAGUUAUUCUUGUCUGAGAAAUCCCUGGUGUACUUCCACAAACUUCAACGUGUUAUCCGGGAAGAACGACAGAGGAACGUGCGAACUGAACAAGCACGGAGUCCUCGAUGAAAACUCUGAGUUUCAUGAAAAAGACGGAGUGACAUUUUCUUUGAUCCAGAAGGGAUGUCUCAUAACCGGCUGUCAUAAUGGUGGCGUUUGUGUAGCUGACGAGAUGAAACAAACAUUUUCAUGUUUGUGCCAGGUACCGUGGGCUGGAGCAAAAUGUGACAUUAAAAUCGAUGCCUCCUCGUGCGACGAGGCCCAAAUGAAAGUCAACCGGAUGUUACAAAAUGGAGAAUAUCUGUUAACAAUUGGAAGCUUGUCAUUAAAGGUGUACUGUCACAUGACAGAUGAUGGUAAAGGAUGGACUCUGAUCGCCCGAUUCUCAAAUAGUGACAUAAGAAGGUGGAUGUUUGACUCCGGACGCUUCUGGUGCUUCAAGAUUAAUGCCCUUGGAAACACAACUAGUCCGUCGAUAAACGCUGACAUGAUCUCUACCGCAUUUUGGUAUCGGAAAUUGCGACAAUUCAGUGCUACAAUUCACGAUAUAAGUGUCUAG